GGAAGCUCUCCGGCUUGCAACUGAAUACAGUGAAGUAGAAAAAGCAAGGUGCAAAACAGAUAAGCAUAGGAGGAUCGUGUUUACGUAGGAAGAUACACAGCGCCAGACUAGGAGUACACACUUAUUGCAUCAUAUCAGGAGGCACAAGAUGUCAACGUGUCAUUAAUGGAGGCAGACACCCUCAUCAUAUGUACACCAGUUUUACCAUCCAUGAUCCUUGACUGCAGCAGUUAGUACUGAGGUGUUUGCCAUGGCUGCUCAGCUUUCUUGCUGGCUCUUCACGGCUCAUGAGAUGCUCCCUGUCACCAGCUUUCACCAACUCUCGAACAUCUUGUUUGGGAAGAUAGCGCAGAAGCUCAAGUGAGAGAACCUGACCACUUCCAAAUUGCUACAGCAGAGAAGCACUUACUGAAUGCAUAUGCAAUGCUCCCCCUUCUCAUCACCACAGAACUCUUGCCACGUUUUCCUGCCUAUUUAAAAAUGGAGCAAAAGCUGAUGAACGCGUCGGGGGAAUACGUCUAAUAUCUGUGGUUUAUACAAACGGUGACCGUUACCAAUGGAGAGAAAGUCCCGUUAUAACGAAACUUUUUCCCCCCCUGAAAAUGGAAAGAACGUGAACUCACAGAACCCGCUUCUUGGCCCGCCAACCCCCUCGCCUCCUGCUGGUGUGACAGCCCUCGGCGCCGGGCCCAGCUCCGGCCCGCCAAGGCUCGCGGCAAAGCUUGGCGCUCCAGCGCGCGCCUCCGCGGACAAAGAGCAGGCGGCGGCGACGCGGGGCCGGAAGGUGGAGGCGGAGGCGGGCGGAGGCGCGCGCCGGGGGAAGCCCUCCCGAACUCUGACGUCACCAGAGCGCUGGCCAAUGAGAAGCGGGAGAGGGGGAUUCCCGCUCCGGCUGCCGCCCCGCCGGCUUUUUAAACGGUACCCGGGAGAAUACUGUCUAGGAGCGGUGGGAAGAAUCGGAGAAAUGGAGGUUAAGAGUGAAAAAUGAUGGUCCUGGGGGUGAGAGUAGAGGUUUGACGAUUAGGCGUCAAGACUGGCUUAGACGGGGGCGCAAAACCAGAGCCGAUCGAAGUGAGGCCACACACCGAGGAGGGCAAAGUCCUCCGGAGAUGGAGUGGAAACUGGAGCGCACAGCCCGGCGGAGGGUCCGGACGGAGGAAGAGAUGUUGUGGGAGAACAUCAUGCAGGUGCUCGCCAAAGACAUGAAGCAAAAGAGAAGUCAGGAUUCUCCUAAGAUAUUUGAUGCAGUUAAAACUACAUAUUCUAACUUUAAGAGCAACUUUGUGAAGAGGCUGUCGGCGGAGGUGCCCAUUGCCAGUAGCCCAAUUACCACCAGGUGGCGGCAAAGCCAAACCAGAGAUCUGGCAGGUGAUUCCUUUGAGGAAGAGCAUUCAACCACUUACCUCCCAGAAGCUUCUGGAUCUGUGCUGAAGAUAAUGCCUGAAAAAGAGACCUUGAUUCUAGGAUCUUACAAAGAACCACUGAAGACCCCCAUCAAAGGGAAUUUUGAAGCAAAUAACUCUGCUCUCCAUUUUUGCAAGGCACCUCAUGCACUGGACAGAGGUUGGAAUGAAAACGUUGCCUCGAAAGGCCAGAAAUGCCUAAACCAACUAUUUUCGACCCAGAAGGUGUCUCAGUGGGUUAGUGGGAAAAUGCAGCUAUGUGAGCAAUCCCAGUGUGUUUGGAAAGGCUGCAGAGAUGAAGUCAGAGAUGAAUCCUUCCAUCUCAGAAGAUUCAAUGGUAUAAACUAUUCCAUACUCCAGCCAGAGGUGAAAUUUCAUCUAACUGGUCUUCGAAAUGACUAUUAUCUGAAUAUUCUAGAUUGGAAUUUUCAAAAUCUGGUUGCUAUAGCCCUUGGAGCCUCUGUGUACAUCUGGAAUGGGGAAAACCACAAUAAGAUUGAAAAUAUAGACUUAACUCUCAAUUGUAACUAUAUAUCUUCUGUGUCCUGGAUAAAAGAGGGAACCUGUCUGGCAGUUGGCACCAGCGAGGGCGAAGUACAACUAUGGGAUGUGGUAACUAAAAAGCGGCUGAGAAAUAUGCUCGGUCAUUUGUCUGUGGUUGGGGCUCUGAGCUGGAACCACUAUAUCCUUAGCAGUGGGUCGAGGCUGGGCCGUGUUUAUCAUCACGAUGUCCGGGCAGCCCAGCAUCACGUUGGAACAGUUCACCACCAACAAGCCGUGUGUGCUCUGAAGUGGUCCCCUGAUGGCCGGCUGCUUUCCAGUGGCUGUAGUGACGGAUUGCUGACUAUAUGGCCCAGUGACCUAGGUGCAAAAGCACACGUUCAACCACUGAAAGUCAUACCCCAACCUACAGCAGUCAAGGCCGUGGAUUGGUGUCCCUGGCAGUCUGCAGUCCUUGCUGUUGGAGGCGGAAUGAAGGAUGGACGCUUACAUAUCUUGGACAUAAAUACUGGGCAAACUACCCAGACCCCAAGUAUGAACUCACAGAUUUGUUCCCUAAUCUGGCUACCAAAGACAAAGGAGAUUGCAAGUGGCCAAGGUAUUCCUAAGAACGAUGUGACUGUGUGGGCCUGUCCGGGUCUGGCCAGGUCGGGUGGAUUUUUCGGCCACGGGGGCAGAGUGCUGCACCUGGCUUUGAGUCCAGACCAGACCCGAGUGUUUUCUGCUGCAGCUGACGGCACAGCCUGUGUAUGGGACUGCUGCGAGUCAUUCAGCCCCUCUGGGAGCUCCAGUUUCCUCACUUCGAAGCGAGAAUGAUGACAUUGGCCUUGUCUUCUCCACGGGGUUGUGGUGAGGAUCAAACAGGAUAAAGUGCUUUUCCUGCGGUCAA